AUGGGCGGGCGGUGCGCCCUGGCCCUCGCCGUUCUCUCGGCCCUGCUGUGCCAGGUCUGGAGCUCCGGGGUGUUCGAGCUGAAGCUGCAGGAGUUCGUCAACAAGAAGGGGCUGCUGGGGAACCGCAACUGCUGCCGCGGGGGCGCGGGGCCGCCGCCUUGCGCCUGCAGGACCUUCUUCCGCGUGUGCCUCAAGCACUACCAGGCCAGCGUGUCCCCCGAGCCGCCCUGCACCUACGGCAGCGCCGUCACCCCGGUGCUGGGCAUCGACUCCUUCAGCCUCCCAGACGGCGCGGGCGCGGACCCCGCCUUCAGCAACCCCAUCCGCUUCCCCUUUGGCUUCACCUGGCCGGGAACCUUCUCUCUGAUCAUUGAAGCUCUCCACACAGAUUCUCCUGAUGACCUUGCAACAGAGAACCCAGAAAGACUUAUCAGCCGCCUGGCCACGCAGAGGCACCUGACGGUUGGCGAGGAGUGGUCCCAGGACCUGCACAGCAGCGGCCGCACAGACCUCAAGUACUCCUAUCGCUUUGUGUGUGAUGAGCACUACUUCGGGGAAGGCUGCUCCGUCUUCUGCCGCCCCCGAGAUGACGCCUUCGGCCACUUCACCUGCGGGGAGAGAGGAGAGAAAGUCUGCAACCCUGGCUGGAAGGGCCAGUACUGCACAGAGCCCAUCUGUUUGCCAGGGUGCGAUGAGCAGCACGGGGUUUGUGACAAGCCAGGGGAAUGCAAGUGCAGAGUGGGCUGGCAGGGUCGGUACUGCGACCAGUGCAUUCGGUACCCAGGCUGUCUCCACGGCACCUGCCAGCAGCCCUGGCAAUGCAACUGCCAGGAAGGCUGGGGGGGCCUUUUCUGCAACCAGGACCUCAACUACUGCACGCACCACAAGCCCUGCAGGAACGGGGCCACCUGCACCAACACGGGCCAAGGGAGCUACACGUGCUCUUGCCGGCCUGGGUACACGGGGGCCAACUGUGAGACAGAGGUGGACGAGUGCAGCGCCGGGCCUUGCAGGAACGGAGGGAGCUGCACGGACCUUGAGAACAGCUACUCCUGCACCUGCCCACCUGGCUUCUACGGCAGGGUCUGCGAGCUGAGUGCCAUGGUGUGUGCCGAUGGCCCCUGCUUCAAUGGGGGCCGGUGCUCCGACAACCCCGAGGGAGGGUAUACCUGCCACUGCCCUGCGGGCUUCUCCGGCUUUAAUUGUGAGAAGAAGAUGGAUUCCUGCAGUUCCUUGCCUUGUUCCAAUGGUGCGCAGUGCGUGGACCUCGGCGACACGUACGUUUGCCGCUGCCAGGCUGGCUUCUCCGGGAGGCACUGUGAUGACAACGUGGAUGACUGUGCCUCCUCCCCGUGUGCCCACGGGGGCACCUGCCGGGAUGGCGUGAACGAGUACUCCUGCACCUGCCCCCCCGGGUACACGGGCAGGAACUGCAGUGCCCCCGUCAGCAGGUGUGAGCACGCACCCUGCCACAACGGGGCCACCUGCCACGAGCGGGCCUUCCGCUACCUCUGUGAGUGCGCCCGGGGCUACGGGGGCCCCAACUGCCAGUUCCUGCUCCCCGAGCCGCCCCCGGGCCCCGUGGUGGUGGACCUCACAGAGAAGUACGUGGAGGGCCAGGCCGGCCCGUUCCCCUGGGUGGCCGUCGGGGCGGGUGUGGUGCUGGUCCUCACGCUGCUGCUGGGCUGUGCCGCCACGGUGGUCUGCGUGCGGCUGAGGCUGCAGAAGCGCCGGCCCCCCGCAGACCCCUGCCGGGGGGAGACAGAGACCAUGAACAACCUGGCCAACCGCCAGCGGGAGAAGGACAUCUCUGUUAGCGUCAUCGGGGCCACACAGAUCAAGAACACCAACAAAAAGGCAGACUUUCACGCCGAGCCCGGCGUGGAGAAAAACGGCCUCAAGGCUCGAGACCCCGCCGUGGGCUACAACCUGCUGCAGGGCCUCAAGGGUGCCGCAGCCACGGCGGACCCCCACGGCAAGCGUGAUGCCAAGUGCCAGCCCCAGGGCUCUGCGGGGGAGGAGAAGGGCACCCCGACACUCAGAGGUGGAGAAGCAUCUGAAAGAAAAAGGCCGGACUCUGUGUAUUCUGCUUCAAAAGACACAAAGUACCAGUCAGUGUAUGUCAUAUCCGAGGAGCAGGACGAGUGUGUCAUCGCCACUGAGGCCCUCGAGCUGGCAGAGCCUGUGGGCAGCGAGAACCCAACCGGGCCGUCCGCCAAGGCACCUGGACUGGCCCAGCGCUGCCCUCCAGCUGGCCUGCAGCUGAGGAGCAGCGAGGGUCAGGACUCAGGGUCGGCAGAGCGCUGGAGGCUCGGGCAGCGGCGUCAGCGCCAGUGGCCCAUCCCACUCAGGAGGUUGGCCUCCCGGAGCGGCUGCGCAGACCAGCAGCUUCCGCUGACUUGGCAGGAGCUGAGCGGGUCCUGGCUCUCCUCAGGCGUGGAGCCUGCCGGGCUCCACGGAGCUUCCGCUCUGAACCUGUCCUAUGACAAUCAGCUCCAGGAGAGGCCGUCCCUCCCGGGGCAGGACCCUCCAUCCCGGGCUCUGGAGCCCUGCCAGCUGCAAAGGCCGCUGACAGAUGGCCAGGACGGCCUCCAGGGAAGCAAGAGGCUCGACGAGACCUUCCUGGUGGAGAUGCCGUGGCUCAUGUGCUCGAGUGAUGACCGACAGGACCCCGGGACCCCACAGCCAGGACACCCUGCGCCUCUCCAGGUGGGGGCGGGCGAGCCGCUGUCUCCCGGCUCUUCUCGCUGCAGCCAGCCUGGUGCCUAG